GACGGGAUUCUCCUGUCCUGCAGAGCCCCCCAGCCCCACAUUUGGGGACAGUGGCAAGGGGGGCUGCAGGAUCUGGUAAGGGGGGGGGAUUCCUCGCUGGGAAUCUGCCCAGACAGGAGGGAUUUGCACCCCUGGGUUUGGGUGAGAACCCCGAGAGAAGCGGGGAGAGAAGAUGGCGCUGGGGCUGAUUGUGAACCUCGUCCUGCUCCUCGUCAUCGUCCCUCCAGCCUGGGCACAGUGUGGUGCCCACAGCGAAGCCGUGGCAGGCGCCGUGGGCGGCGUCGUCUGCCUGAGCCCCAGCCCGGCCCACCAGAGGAGCUACUCCCGGAUCCACUGGCGGCUCAACGACACCAGGAAGCUGGCCAGCUGGAGCCCCCAGGAGAAGUUCCAGUACCCCAACAGCACCUCCAGGCACCGCCUGGAGCUCUUCGCCAACUUCUCGCUGCGGAUCAGCCGCCUGCAGAAAGGCGACAGCGGCGAGUACCACCUGUACCUGGAGGAUGACACGGGCAAGGAGGACCGGGACAGGGUCACCCUGACGGUGUACGACGCGGUGCCCAAGCCCCGGGUGACGGUGACGGUGACCAAGGGCGACCAAGAGCACUGCAACGCCACCCUCGAGUGCUCCGUGGGGCUCCAGGAGGUGACCUACGAGUGGAUCCCCCCCCGGCAGGUCCUGCUGGAGGGUGGGGAGGGCCCUGUUCAGAAAGUCUCCUUCAACCCCUCGGAAGGCACCUACGUCUGCAGGGUCAGCAACCCGGCCUCCUCCAACAACGCCUCGCUGACCUACAGGCACCCCUGCUCCUGGACAGCUGAAUCCUUUUCUGACGCAUCCUGCACCUGCCACCGGCGGGCUGGUGUUCCUGGGGCACCUCCUCCUGCUCUUCUUCCACCUGGCUCUGGCCUGAGGACGCUGCAGUCAACAUCUGCCCUCGCCUCCUCACCCCCCACCACGUCACCAGCAGCUGGAUGGGGCUCCCAGACCUCGUGGGUGCAGAGAGAAGUGGCUGCUGGAGGAGAUGAUUUCCACCUAAUCCCUCCCUCCGUGGGUUCACCAGGAAAUCCUCCUCUCCUUCACCCCGUGGGACCAGUGGGGCCACCCAGCCUGAGCCUUUCCAAGGGCUCUCUGGAUAUUUUGGGCAUUCUCUGUUUUUCAGGACAAGGGGGCAGAGCCAAGGGGGCACCUCUGGCUUUCCCUCUGGGUUUGAGGACAAAUAUCUGUUUAUACAUUAAAUUUUUACGCAAACACCACGUUUUUAGGUCUCUGGGGUCGUUUCUGCCGAACCGCGAGCCGGCGCUUUGA